UGGGACUUUUUCUGUAGAGUCAUUUGAUUGAAUCGUAUUGAUUCUGGCUUCACUAAAUUUUGCAAGGUUGCGUUUAAAAUUUAAACUCUUUAAAACGCGUUUCUUUUGACGACAUGGUGUUUUUAAAAGGACUUGUUUUGUUAAAUAAAUUGUUGACCCCGACUAAGUCUGUCACAACGGCACGGUUAUUUGGAAAUGGGACAAACACUUUAUAUCAAAGCAGUUCCUCCUCUCAAGCUGGAUUCUUCCCAGCUUCAGAAGGUGUUAUGCUUCCCCCAGGAGCUUUCAAAAACAAAGUGGCCUUUAUUACUGGUGGAGGCACAGGACUCGGGCGAGGCAUUGCCUCCAAUCUCUCUGCACUGGGAGCACAGUGUGUGAUAGCCAGCAGAAAACUUGAUGUUUUGAAGAAAACUGCUGAUGAAAUCUCACAACAGACGGGAAACGAGGUUCAUGCUAUCCAGUGUGACGUGAGAGAUCCUGCUUCAGUGACGUCUGCUGUUAACCAGCUCAUCAGUGAUGUCGGUCUACCUGAUGUGGUAAUAAACAAUGCUGCUGGAAACUUUAUAUGCCCUUCAGAAAACCUCUCACCAAAUGCUUGGAGAACCAUCACAGACAUCGUCCUUAACGGCACAGCUUAUGUCACACUGGAGGUUGGGAAGCAUCUCAUCAAAGCUGAGAAAGGUGCUGCGUUUUUGGCCAUCACCACAAUCUAUGCCGAGAGCGGCUCUGGGUUCGUCGUUCCAAGCGCUGCUGCUAAAUCUGGAGUGGAAACCCUGUGCAAGUCUCUGGCGGCAGAAUGGGGCAGAUAUGGUAUGCGAUUUAACGUUAUUCAACCCGGACCGAUCAAAACCAAGGGUGCGUUUAGCAGACUGGACCCCACAGGCAUGUUCGAGAAGUCUAUGAUCAAUAGAAUACCCGCCGGUCGUCUGGGCACUCCGGGAGAGAUUGCCAACCUGGCUGCCUACCUCUGCAGUGAUUACGCCAGCUGGGUGUCAGGCGCGAUCAUCAGAAUGGAUGGCGGUGAAUACGUCAAUAUGGCUGGCGAGUUCAAUGAUCUGAAGAAGGUCACAAAAGAGCAGUGGGCUAUGAUGGAGGCAAUGAUCAGGAGUACAAAAGGAUCAUAAACCAAAAAUCAUGUUUUUUUAUUGUAUACACAAAAAAUGUUGAAUAUGUUGAUAUUGUUGAACCAGCAUUUCAAGCAAGCAAACUUU